AUGAUUUUUCCACAUCUUGAUCGAAUUUUUAUUGCACAUGAUCCUGACCAAAAUGUAUAUGGUUUACGCCAACAUUUCACAAAUGUUGCAUCCAAUUAUCAUAUAGAACCAUUAUUUCAGUCAUCUUCUUCGCCUCAUGGACAGUGGUUAAAUACAAUAAUAUUUGAUAUAUUAGAUCUCAAACGUGAUCAUAUUUUAACUGAUGUGGGCUGUGGAUCGGGCAUUGAUUGUCUUUGGUUUUUAAAUAAAAUUAACAAUCAAAUAAAGAUUAUUGGAUGUGAUCCAUCAUCAGGCAUGAUUGAAAUCUUCAACAGCGAAAUAAAAAAAAGGAAUUUAACCAAUACUGUUCAAGCAUUUUGUAUGGAUGCAAUUACAUUCAGUCAACAGAAACAAUUGCCAGCGUAUAAUCGUCUUUUAUUGAAACACUGUGUUCAUCUAUUAUCACAUAGUGAACGAUUAUUAGCUUUCAAAGGCUUUCGUCAAUAG